AUGACGGGCCGAGCCCGAGCCCGGGCCCGUGGCAGAGCCCGAGGGCAGGAGACAGUACAGCAUGUUGGGGCUGCAGCGAGCCAGCAGCCUGGGUACAUCCCACCGAGACCUCAGCCAUCCCCUGCAGAGGGGGACUUGGUUGGCCGAGGACGACAGAGAGGAAUGGUAGUCGGAGCCACGUCCAAGUCACAAGAACUGCAGAUGUCAGCUGGGUUUCAGGAGCUGUCAUUGGCAGAGAGAGGAGGGCGUCGCCGAGACUUUCAUGACCUUGGUGUGAACACCAGACAGAACCUUGACCAUGUCAAAGAGUCAAAGACAGGCUCCUCAGGCAUCAUUGUGAAGCUGAGCACCAACCACUUCCGGCUGACCUCACGCCCGCAGUGGGCCCUCUACCAGUACCACAUCGACUAUAAUCCCCUGAUGGAGGCCCGCAGGCUGCGCUCUGCACUGCUCUUCCAGCACGAAGACCUCAUUGGAAGGUGUCAUGCUUUCGAUGGGACAAUAUUGUUUCUACCUAAGAGACUACAGCAGAAGGUCACAGAAGUUUUCAGUCAGACUCGGAAUGGGGAGCACGUGAGGAUCACCAUCACCCUGACCAACGAGUUGCCGCCCACCUCUCCCACCUGCCUACAGUUCUAUAACAUCAUCUUCAGGAGGCUCUUGAAAAUCAUGAACUUGCAACAAAUUGGACGGAAUUAUUACAACCCGAGUGACCCGAUUGAUAUUCCAAAUCAUAGGUUGGUGAUCUGGCCUGGCUUCACCACUUCCAUCCUUCAGUAUGAGAACAACAUCAUGCUCUGCACAGAUGUCAGCCACAAGGUUCUCCGCAGCGAGACUGUUCUAGAUUUCAUGUUCAAUCUGUACCAGCAGACGGAGGAGCACAAGUUCCAGGAGCAGGUGUCGAAGGAGCUUAUAGGCCUAAUCGUCCUCACCAAGUAUAACAACAAGACCUACAGGGUAGAUGACAUUGACUGGGACCAGAAUCCAAAGAGCACCUUCAAGAAAGCAGAUGGCUCGGAGGUCAGCUUCCUGGAGUACUACAGGAAGCAGUACAACCAGGAAAUCACAGACUUGAAGCAGCCAGUGCUGGUAAGCCAGCCCAAGAGGAGGAGAGGCCCCGGAGGCAUCCUGCCUGGCCCAGCCAUGCUCAUCCCCGAGCUCUGCUAUCUCACAGGUCUGACUGAUAAAAUGCGCAAUGACUUCAAUGUGAUGAAGGACCUGGCGGUGCACACGAGGCUGACCCCUGAGCAGCGGCAGCGGGAGGUGGGCCGCCUCAUCGACUACAUCCACAAGGAUGACAACGUGCAGAGAGAGCUUCGAGACUGGGGCCUGAGCUUUGACUCAAACUUGCUAUCCUUCUCAGGAAGAAUCUUGCAAUCCGAGAAGAUCCACCAGGGUGGAAAGACGUUUGAUUACAACCCGCAGUUUGCAGACUGGUCCAAAGAAACAAGAGGCGCACCACUGAUCAGCGUGAAGCCACUGGAUAACUGGCUGCUGAUCUAUACCCGCAGGAAUUAUGAAGCGGCCAACUCACUGAUACAGAACCUGUUCAAAGUGACUCCAGCCAUGGGGAUCCAGAUGAAAAAGGCAAUCAUGAUUGAGGUGGAUGACCGAACAGAAGCUUAUCUGAGAGCCUUGCAGCAGAAGGUGACGUCAGACACUCAGAUAGUUGUCUGUCUGUUGUCAAGUAAUCGGAAGGACAAAUACGAUGCCAUCAAAAAGUACCUUUGUACAGACUGCCCCACCCCAAGUCAGUGUGUGGUGGCCCGGACCCUGGGCAAACAGCAGACAGUCAUGGCCAUUGCCACCAAGAUCGCCCUGCAGAUGAACUGCAAGAUGGGAGGCGAGCUCUGGCGGGUGGACAUGCCUCUGAAGCUGGCAAUGAUUGUGGGCAUCGACUGUUAUCAUGACACCACAGCUGGGCGGAGGUCCAUCGCAGGAUUCGUUGCCAGCAUCAACGAAGGGAUGACCCGCUGGUUCUCCCGCUGUGUCUUUCAAGACCGUGGACAGGAGCUAGUGGAUGGGCUCAAAGUGUGCUUGCAAGCUGCUCUGAGGGCUUGGAGCGGCUGCAAUGAAUAUAUGCCCAGCCGUGUCAUUGUGUACCGAGAUGGUGUUGGGGAUGGGCAGCUGAAGACCCUUGUCAACUAUGAGGUCCCACAGUUCCUGGACUGCCUUAAGUCAGUCGGGAGAGGUUACAACCCAAGACUCACUGUAAUUGUAGUGAAGAAGCGUGUCAAUGCCAGGUUUUUUGCUCAGUCCGGGGGAAGACUCCAGAACCCUCUUCCGGGGACAGUCAUUGAUGUGGAAGUCACCCGGCCAGAAUGGUAUGACUUUUUCAUUGUGAGCCAGGCAGUGAGGAGCGGGAGUGUGUCCCCGACACACUACAAUGUCAUCUAUGACAGCAGUGGCCUGAAGCCCGAUCACAUCCAGCGGCUGACAUACAAGCUCUGCCAUGUGUACUACAAUUGGCCUGGAGUCAUCCGAGUCCCUGCACCCUGCCAGUACGCACACAAGCUGGCCUUCCUUGUGGGCCAGAGCAUCCACAGAGAGCCGAACCUCUCCCUGUCAAACCGCCUCUACUACCUCUAACCAACAGUGAGUGCCUGUGCGCUGGCCUCCUUCCAGAACUCUGCCAAGUUUCCACUUCCGGUUUUCACAUGGUUGUCGUUCUAGCAGGAUGAUAGGGGUGGGGGACGGGGUCGGGGAGCCGCAGUUUGGUUUUUAGUGUUGCUAUAGAUUUAACUAAAGUUUAACGUUUGCUUUGUUUCUCAUGGUGUGUUGCAACAGUUUGCUUGGCAGAGUGGUGACAAGGCCCUUGGUACCACAGAUAGACUUUCCUAAAGCAGCCGUGUUGGCAGGUUCUCAGAGGUGCUCCUGGGAGCACAUGCUACCGUACACUGCUCUCUUUGUUUGUGCACAUUGAGUUUAAAGGAGGAAAAGGCAUAAGCCAAGAAUGCCCACAGCGGCACAGGCAGGUGCUAUGUGGGGCUCGGACACCUCGGGAUUUAAAGAUAGUAAGUCUGGGGUGCCUUCCUCUGUUUCUCUUAAGAGUUAGGUCAGAAGGGAUGAAAAGAAUUGUUGAAGGCUUUAAACUCUCCACCAUGGAAGAGUUUUCAGGCUGAAGAGGCUGGUAGUGUUGUUAUUUACCUUAUUUUGUAGUUUUCUUACCAAGGAAAAGAAGUGACCACUUUCUUUAACAGGGUAGUUUUGAGUUUUUUAAAGCCUGCGUUUGCUUUCUGUUUUAAAACUCCUGGAGACCACAGUGGAUAGAGCUCCACUCCUGAAAGCCAAUGUGGUGGCACAUGCCUGUGAUCUCAGCACUCGGGAGGUGAAGCCGGGAGAAGCCCAAGUUCACGGUCAGCCUAGGCUACAUAGUGAGACCUUGUCUUAACAAAAGGAAAAAAAAAGAAAAAAGAAAAAAGGAAAAAGAAAAAUACAGCAAUAUAAGUUGUGGGUGCCAGUAUCUGCAUGGAACUUUGGGAGGAAGAGCUGCCUCUGUCCCUAGAGUCUGGGAGGCUGAGGCUGGAGGAGCAGAUGCCACACGAGGUGAGGUAGCAGCUCUUUGUCUGGCUCUUGCAAAGAGAAGGCUUGGAGUUGCUCAAGUCUCAAGAGCAGCUUGAUAUGUGGCUACUAUGUGAUGAGUUUUACAGGUUGGCAGUGC